UUCACCCUGAGCCAAUGGAAAUGGUGAAAAUCGAAUUAGGAAAUCCCCAAACAUUCGGGAGCUUUGGUGGAGUACGCGACCGUGCGUGGAGUCUGGCGAAUGGUGAAAGGACUGCGCUUCAUUCAUCAGCAAAGAGUUGUUCAAAGGUGUGGUUUCUUUACGUUUGACUGGAAUUUUAUUUGCCUGCACAAACAGAUACAUGGAUACAAGCAGCGGCAUGGAACUCUCUACUUCCUGAGUGUCCAGUGUUUUCUUUGGCCGUGAAACUGCUGUGUGGAGGUCGUGGACAAAGUCAAGAUCCAUUUCAUGAUGUUCCUAGAACCUUCCUCUUCCAAAAGAUUAUAAUUUCACUUUCACGACAAAAGAAAGUUCCCUGUGUGACACAUACGCAACUUUGAUUCAAAGUUAGUCAUCCUGACACAUCUUCCUUUCAACAAGUUCACCGAGGCUGACAAGACUGAUAUAUUUCUCCGUGCUAACUAUCUCCUGGAGCUCCAAACUGCCAUCACUCCUUUGAAUUCAUAGGGAGUCUUUUUUUACCUGGUUCUGGAGAGGUCUUGGAACCCUUUCCCUGUGAAUUAUGGCUGCUGCAGUCCAACACACCGAGCUUGUGUUUGAAUUUGCUAGCAAUGGAAUGGACGAUGUGCAGCAGGUUGAAGAUCCUCUGUCAUUUCCUGCAGUAAUAGUCGAACAAGUGCCAAACACAGACUUGUUCUAUUCGAGCCUGGAUUGUGAUGACGUUUCUACUAGAAUGAUGGACGAUACCUCUCUAGAUGUUGUAGAAGAACAGAUAAUAGAGGAUAACAUUGGCCUUUCAGUGGAAGCUUCCUGCCAGAAUGAAGAUGAAACAAUGGAGACAAUCGAGGCUGCUGAAGCACUUCUUAACAUGGAAUCCCCGAAUGCUAUCUUGGAUGAAAAGAGAAUGUUUCAUGGAUUUGCACACCCUCUGGAUGGAGAAAUUACAGAAUCUGCUUCGCAAGUCACUGUCACAUUAGAUAAAAUCCCCAAUAUAAUCAGAAGACCUUCAACUCCGAUGGCAGCUGAUGAAGAUGAUUCUGCAUACGAGUCGCCCAGAAAAAAUGCACUUAAACAAAGGAAAAAGAAAGGUCGGAAGAUGAAACCCUCUCGCCCGUCUUCGCCUGUCACAGCUCCACACCUUCCAAUUAAAAAGAAAAAUAAGGAUGGGAAAGGGAACACUAUUUAUCUGUGGGAGUUCCUGCUGGCUCUCCUGCAAGAUAAGAACACUUGCCCCAAGUACAUUAAGUGGACACAGAGAGAAAAGGGUAUUUUUAAGCUUGUGGACUCGAAGGCAGUGUCAAAAUUAUGGGGCAAACACAAAAAUAAACCCGAUAUGAACUAUGAAACAAUGGGCAGAGCCUUGAGGUAUUACUACCAGAGAGGGAUCUUGGCCAAAGUGGAAGGUCAGCGGCUCGUGUAUCAAUUCAAAGACAUGCCCAAGGAUCUGGUGGUCAUUGACGAUGACUCGGCUGAGCAUGCUACUCCUAAUCUGGUGACCUCAUCAGAUCAUUCAUCACCGACAAAGAAGAAAAAUGUCACCCGUGGAAUCUCACAGUUGCAGAAUGUAGGCAAGGUGGCAGCUGUGCCACAGUCAGUGCUGGUGCAGCACGUCAAGCAGGAGCACACAUCAUCACUGAUUCAGCCUGCUCAGAAAACAGGAGGGCAGCAGAGCCCCAUUUUACCAACUAUACAAGGGCUACAAAGCAAUCAAGUCCUUCAGCAAGGAUUGCCAGAUCUAUCUAGGGUUGCUGUAACUAUGUCUUCAGCUGCACAGACAAUCAGGUAA